AUGUUCGACUCCGCAUUCAACUGGGAAGGUGGUCUUUUUGGUUACCUUGAGAAGUACCCUGAGGAGGGGAAGGGGUUCAACGUCGUCCAGAAGCUUUCGACGUCAAGUCAAGCCAGAUGGACUUCUGUCUACCCUUGCCACACCCUCUUGGAUUCCGACCCAAACCUGCCGCUUCUUGUCGAUGUGGGAGGUAGUAUUGGCCAAGAUCUCAAGCCGUUCGUGGAGAAAUAUCCAGAGACAGCGUCGAGGCUGUACUUGCAAGACCUCCCGUCCGUCAUUGCAGAUGAGGAAGCCUGCCAGGUCAAGGGGAUCAACAAACUUGCGUAUGACUUCUUCAAACCUCAACCAAUCAAGCAUGCGCGGGCGUAUUACAUGCACCAUAUUCUCCACGAUUGGCCUGACAAAGUCGUCCUCAAAAUUCUCGAGAACCAAAAGGCUGCCAUGAAGCCAGGGUACAGCAAGAUCCUGAUUCAUGACCAUGUGUUAGAUGACAGCAGGCCUGUGCAUCCUCAUGCUGCGAGUUACGACAUCACUAUGAUGGCGUUUGGUUCUGCCAAGGAGCGCACGGAGAGAGAGUGGCGCGAGCUGAUCGAGUCAAUUGGAUUGAAGAUUGUUAAGAUAUGGGGUUCACCGUCAUCGGUACAAGGGAUUCUUGAGGUCGAGCUUAUGGAAGGAGCGGCAAAGCUUUAA